GUUUCCUUCUCUCGCGUUUGUCUUCCCAAGCAGCUAAAAACUCUUCCUUUUUGGCCUUCCAUCGCUUUCUUCACGUCUUCAUCUUGUUCUUCCCAUCGCGAUUUCGUCGGAUUUUGAGAUCCUCAGUCGCCAUGGCUUCCGCCGCAAUGCUGCCAGAGAAGCGCUUCGGAAGGUCUUCAGCGUUCCAGUUUAGAACUUAGCCUCGUGAAGGAGAAAGGGGAAGCGGAGAAGCGCCUCGAAAGUUAGUAAGAUUUAUUUGAUCUUUUCUGAAUCAUCGUUUUGGGAGAGGUAAAGAGAUGGAUUUCCAUUCCCUUUUCUGCUGCGGCACAUUUGCUGAUAGGUAUGUUCUUUGAUAUUGAUUUCUCCUCCGAAGCGCUAUAGGUUAGGGUUUAUCAUGCCUUUCAUAUUGGCUUCCCUUUGGUGCCUUUUGUGGAGGUUUCUAUUGACUCCAUGACCUAAAAUUGUUACUUUGAUACGGAACAGGAGACGGGGGAAGAAGAACUCCACAGGUUGGAGAGUGUUCUCUCUGAAAGAGUUGCAGUCUGCCACCAAUAACUUUAACUACGAUAACAAGAUUGGGGAAGGGGGUUUUGGCAGUGUGUACUGGGGGCAGCUCUGGGAUGGAUCUCAGAUUAAGAGAUUCAUCCAUGUUCUCUUGUUUGGAAUUGGUGAGUUUUACUGACCUAAAGUCGAUUUUCUUUUCACUGAACAUUGAAUCCUCACAAUGAGUGAGCUUGGCUUGGCAUAUGCUGUUUAGAAACCAAGAACACCCAACACCUAUUUGAAUAGAAGUCUUACAACCUUUAGAUUUAUAGCUGAUGGUACAUUGAAGGGAUGAUUCUCUCUCUUUUCUGUUCCACUGUGUAUCAGAAGCAAAAUUUGGUUGCCCAUGUUUACUCAGAUUGCUGUCAAAAGACUAAAAGUCUGGAGCAACAAGGCUGAGCUUGAAUUUGGUGUUGAGGUUGAGGUUCUGGGCAAACUGAGGCAUAAGAACCUCCUAAGCCUGCGAGGAUACUGUGCCGAAGGACAAGAGCGUCUCAUAGUCUAUGACUAUCUUCCGAAUCUGAGUCUAGUCUCGCAUCUGCAUGGUCAAAACUCAGCCGAGAGCCCUCUCGACUGGAGCAAGCGAAUGUGCAUUGCCAUAGGAGCAGCUGAGGGAAUUGUCUACCUUCACCACUAUGCGACACCCCAUGUCAUCCAUCGGGACAUUAAAGCAAGCAAUGUUCUGCUAGAUUCAGACUUCCAGGCACAAGUUGCUGAUUUCGGAUUCGCCAAGUUUGUUCCUGACGGUGCAAGUCAUGUCACAACCAAGGUGAAAGGCACCCUAGGCUACCUUGCACCCGAGUACGCCAUGUAUGGAAAGGCCUCAGAGAGCUGCGAUGUAUAUAGUUUUGGAAUACUCCUGCUAGAGCUUGUCAGCAGCAAGAAGCCCAUAGAGAAACUGAGCUCAACAUUGAAGUUACCAAUCACGGAAUGGGCACUACCUUUGGCUAGGGAAAAAAAUUUUAAGGAGAUUGCAGAUCCAAAGCUCCAAGCAAAGUAUGACGAAGAAGAACUCAAGCGAAUGGUACUCGUUGCCCUCACCUGCACACAGAGCAUGCCAGAGAAGAGACCAACAAUGAUUGAAGUAGUCAAUCUUCUUAAGGGGUUCUCUAAGGAGAAGCUUUCUAGCUUAGAGGAUGAUAUGUUUGGACCUGAAACAACUGAAAAUUCUCAAGCGUCAUCAGAUCCUGACAAUAACUGUAGUUCCAUGUCUGAAGAAAAGGGUUAUAGAGUAAACGAAAAUGAGAUCGGUGCAUAGGUACCCAAGCUCAUCACCUUGUUUUUUAGCAGUUAAUUGCCGAAUUUGUGUGAUUCAACUACAUUAUAUUGCUUCUUAUUCCUUGUC